AUGACACGGAUGAUCAUGAUUAGUAUGAUAGAGGCUCGCAAUCGAGUACCUGGUAGUCACCGUCACGGUAUUCCAAAUCUAGCACUUCUGGGCCAAGUUUCAAGUUGGCCGCAUGCCAACCGAAAAGUUGACUCACGGAUGAUCAUAACCGCCAGUCAUGGUCAUGGUGGCAGAUCUAGUUACCAGUACUAUUCACGCACACAACUCGUGUUUGAAAAGAAGAGGACUUUCGAUACAUGCGUUUUACGCACUGGCAGCCUCGCACUAGCCUCGUGGGAUAAAAACUCGGCAGGGAUCAGUCACGGUUCAACCCCAGGCCCUACUAGUAGCCGCACCUUUUACACGCCCGCCAGGCCACUCGGGCUGACUCGGAGAGGCUAUUCAGGGUUGAAGAAUCUCACUCAGCAGCAGGCAUCAGGGAGUUCUGGUCACGCGGUACAGCCAGACUUUGCAUUCAUGAUCAUUAUCAUGAUGGCCAUAAUUCCUGCAAUCAUAACCGCAGCGACCGUGGCAGUCGCCGUGACAGUCACCGCAAAGAUGCUCAACAAAGCUACACAUUCAUUGAAGUCGAUUAUGCCACGUUGGUCGUACUUUGGAGCAAGGCAGCACCUUUCAAUACUACAAUCCGCUCAAUCAGGCGUCCAGUUCCUCCCAGCCACCCCUACAUUCUCCGAGUCUGCCUUCCCCCAGGCCACCAUCACCGCCCCCGCCACCCCCAUCCCCACCCGUUAUACCCAUGCUAUUUCCCCAAUCACCACUCGUUUUGCCGUCCCCAUUCCCCCAAUCACCACUCUUUUUGCCAUUCCCAUCACCCACAUUCUCCCCGCUAUCGCCAGGCCCAUCGAACUUGUCACCCACAUUCUCACCUUUUGUGCAACCAGAGUUCGCAGUGACCGCCGCGGCCACGGCAGGGAUAGUGGAGGAUGUUUGGGUUCAUCAACAGCUUGA